AUGUCUGUGACAGGUGUACUUCAUUCUGAUGCUAAGACUCGUGACGAACUCGCCGCCAAAUCACGGGAGUGGAUUCAGACUGCACAGACAUGGCUCUCCGCUCCUUUGGAAAAGAAUCGUCUCACCUGGAAUGGAAUCCAGAUUCACUGCUUGCUGCUUCUUGCACGGCAGGUGACUCGGCUGGGGCCCGAUCUGAUUUGGAUCUCAGCGGGCUCUUUAAUACGCAUGGCAAUGCAGAUGGGUUUGCAUCUCGAUCCAAACUGUAUGGAGGAGAUGAGCCUACAAGAAAAGGAAAUUCGAAGACGAUUGUGGUAUACAAUCCUCGAGAUGAAUGUCCAGGCGGCUCUGGACGCCGGGAUGUCACCCAUGAUCUCAACGGGGGACUUCAAUACCCUGCCACCGUCCAGGAUGAGUGACGAAGAGCUUGAGCUGGGAGGAGCACAGGUGGAGGCUCAAAGCGAAAUGAAUGGGUUAUCCUCCCAGAAGCAGCUUCUCCCUUUAUUAGCAGAGUCUCUCCCCCUGAGACUCAACGUGACCAAGGUCAUCAACAGCCUUCAGGAGGAACCAUCCUACGAAGAAGUCAUCCGUUUAGAAAAGGACCUAGCAGCAGCCUGUCGCACUGCGACAACUGCCCUUGACAGCACUCCAUCGCUCAAUCUUAUAUCGCACACCUCCCGAUUUGCACUCAGUCACUUCACCCAUCUCCUCCGUCGCUUCGCACUCUGCCUCCACUUCCCCUUCGCAAUCCAAUCCAAGAAGAAUCCACUCUACACCUACUCGCAAAAGCAUUGCCUCGAAGCUGUCCAAGACAUAGUCUCCGUCCUCGAUGACGAACUGUACACUCGCCUCCUCCUCACCGGAGGGGGUAUGUUCCGCGAUCUGAUCACCCGCGGCGCCUUCAUCCUCUACCUAGAAUCAACAUCAGACAUCGACGCAGACAUCUCUCUGGUCUCACGGAGCCGUAAUCGCGCCCGACGGGAGUCGAUCAUCCGUGACGCUCAACGGGUCGCGCAAUAUGCGAAGGAGAGGAUGCUUCAUGGCGAGACCAAUAUAAAAGGGUAUGUGUAUAUUAGUAUGUCGACGGCGCAGAUCGAGGCCUUGUUUGAUGGGUCGUCGCCGGAGGAGGCGGCAAUGACUGCUGCGAGGGAAAGCUUGGAAACGUGUCGUGGGAUUUUGGAGGCAAUGGCUGUGAAAGCGUCGGGUGUUGACACUGGGUCUGCGGUGUCGGAUGGAGUUACGUCUCUGUUGGGAGAUCUAGAUGGACAGUUUGACUUGGAUGAUGGGAGUUGGGACUUUGAUUUUGGGGAGUCGAUUUUCUUUCAUGACGGUGGAGAUGUUUCGUUGUAG